AUGCCCCAUGGCAUUGUAUACAGCCUAAAAUUCAAUUUGAGGGCAGAGUCUCCUCGGGACUUCGCUGAUCUUCUCAUGUCAUGGAAGCACCUUCCUAAUGUAUCAGUGUAUGACUUUGCCCGUGGUCUCACCACUCAUACCAAUUUGUGGUUUCCUGAUGUAAUGCCCUUUCAGCCAAACGAAGGAAGACUGGCAGAAUGUACCCCUGACAAUAUCACAGCAGCUCAAAAAGGAAAACUCGAAGUAUCUCUGUCAUGGUUACUUGAAAAGAAAGUAAAUCCUGACCCUGAAAGCCAUCCUACAACUGGAUCCUCCUGCCAUUUUGCCCUGUAUGAUAAAUUUCAUGAAUCCAACACAAAGGAUCAACGGGAUGUGCUGAGAAGGAUUAACCUUGUACCAGAACUGCAGGGAUGGCUAAACAGUCAAGUGGUUGAGCAGCUUUUUGGAGUCAUGAAGAAAAACAACUAUUUUCUAAACAACAUGGCACCGUCAACACACGUUUUUAUGAUGCGGAACAUAAUUCACCAUCGCAACGUUGGAACAAACCAGCAACUUUUGGACCAGCAACUGCAUAAAGGCCUUAAAUUCCACCACAUGCACACAAUUGCCCUGAAUGAAGUAGGACAAGCUGUGUUGAAAGAGGCCUUUCUGUCAUCUACUGUUCAAUCCUCCACUGAUUUGCUGCAGGAAAGAUCUUUUCAGUCUUCAUCUGACAUGGGAAAUGUCCAGUGUGGAUUGCAAUGCGAAGCGCUCACAACAUUUGGUAACAUAAAAGCCUGUAGAAGUUCAUGGACACUGGGAAAUCACCCUAAUCAAGAGAAACUGCUGUCCUAUGUCCUGGACUCUGAAAGGCCAGGAAAUGAGCUCAGUCAGGAUUGGAAAAACCUGUUUGACAAGAGAAGACUUUCUGUCCUUAGGCACGUCCCAAGACAUGGAGGCAACCAUUGGAAAUUGCUGCUUUGAACUGAUAACGGAAAUGGCCAAAUCAUGUGGGAAAGACAUUUUCAUCGUUGACCUGUACGUUGUCCCAACCUGGCUGCCACCACAUAAUUGUGACCCAAUGCUCAGCCUGCCUAAUGACGCACCUGUAAAAGACCUCCUGUUAAUACCCAUUUGGGUAUCAAAUCCGGGUCACUUCAUGUUGUGUGUAAGUCAAACUGGAGAUUGACAUGUGAUAAUGCAUGCUUAUGCCGGGAAACUUUUUUAUUCUGCACUAUAUUUACUUUCUUCCAUUCAGUUAUAUAAGUAACGUGUUACGCUAAUCUGGACUUUUUACAUUAACAAGUAAUAUAACGCGUUACUAUUUCCAGUCCAGUAAUCAGAUUAAAGUUACUUAUUGAAGUCACAGUUUGACUAAUUUGUAAUUUUCCUCAGUAAAAAAUUAAAUCUUUGCUUGCUCCUUGUUUUUUGCAGAAUGACAUUUGGCCUACACAACUAUUAAGUCAUGUUUUCAG